CACGAAAACUCAUACAAAACUCAAUCUAAUUCAAAGGGAAAUCGCGUCUCCUUAUCUCCAUAGCGUGCCUAAAUUCUAAAGGUUCGAUUUGAACGUGGAUUCCUUUGAAUAGACUCAAUCAACUCCCCAAAACCUUUACCGCCGAUCUACUCUUCAUGAAUUAAUGAUCCGUGGGUAAUCCAAUCGACCACAUGGACAUAGAACGACCAAGGUUAAUAUUCGUACCUUCCUAAGACACUUGAACGUUCAAAUGGUCGAGGAGGACAGCGAGAUUGGAAGUAUUUUAACGGGCUUGCAAAACGGGGGAACUAACCGCCGGUUACUUCCUCCUUUCUUUCCUUCCUCCUUGCUCCUUUCCUUCCUCUCCUUCGUCUUUUGUUCAUUCAGAGCGUUUGGGGUGGGUUUUGGGAAAUUGAAACGUGAAUUACAACAGGCAGAAACUGAAAGUCUUUUUUAUCAAACAGAACACGGGCAUGGGACGCGAUCAUGUUCGAACACGUGCUAUCCCCAAUCGCCGUACUCGUUCCAUACGUCCUUUGAAGUUCCCCGCCGCUGGAACUGCCCGAGUGACACAGCCACGCAACACGGUCAUGUUAGAGGCCGUGUUACGCUUCAUUCCUAAAUUCCUCCAUAACGAUCCGUUCAAUUUAUCAUUAGCUCAAAACGAGCGUUUGAUGGAACACGGUCGUGUUCCCAACCGUGUUCUAGCUUGUUCUGGUCCUGUUGCCUCCAGCCGUCUUCAAUCUUUUCGGUCGAUCCUUAAUCGAAUCCAAACCCAAACUUGGGGUGUUGUACAUUUUCUCCAAGAAUUGCAAACUACUCCCCCAGCUCAAUGGAAGAUGUUGAGGCCUUCUUAAUUUAUUUUCCUGCCUUUGGCUCCUCUAAAUCAAACUCUCAGUAGGUUUUGCAGUGACUCCGUUUCCCUCUCUCCUAAAAAAUGAUUUGACUUUGCCAAAUGGGGCACUUUACAUGAAAACAGACCCAUGCCAGAAAACGCUACCAGAAGUGCAAAAUUCACUGUUGUCUGAUUUUGCUGCUCGUGCAUUCAAAAUGCUGUUAUUUGACUUACUGGAGAAAACACGACACCACAUGAUUAGCCAUUUAAAUCUCGUGUUUAUCCAUAUACACUGUUGCGUUUUUUUUUUUUCAAUUUUUGGUCAUGUAUUGUGAGUUUUGACUGCUCUUCUUUGUGGACCUCCGUCCAUGAUUGCUCCCAAUCAUGCCUCCGUUGAUCCGCCUUGACAUAUAAUCAACUAACACUACUUGGCAUAAAAUGUGGCAAGAGUACAAGAUAACCCCAUGGAAUCGCAAACAAACAUUCCAAAUGAAAGGGUAAAGAUGUAUGAAAAUUAUGUUAUAACCAAAGCGCCAAGAUCUCGACCUAUUGAGACUCCUUCACCAUCCUCGAGCUAACGCCAUAAACGCAGUCAGGAAUU